AGAAUUUCUGCAAUUCGGGCGUCGCGAUUUAAUUGGGGCAUUCAAACUCUAUGAUAUUGACAAAGAUGGAUUUAUAGCGCGAGAGGAAAUGCUGCAAAUUGUUGAUGCUAUAUAUAAAAUGGUAGGUAGCAUGGUUAAAUUGCCUCCGGACGAAGAUACACCCGAAAAACGUGUGAAUAAAAUAUUUACCUUAAUGGAUACG